AAACACUACUUCCCAGGCAUCUUCGAUGAACAACAAUUCGUGCAACGCUCAAUGAUUUCAAGGGACGUGAACUCCGACGAGUACUUUAGUUUGAUGUUGCUUGGAGUUUUCCGUCUUCUCGUUAGCGAAAGUGCAGUAGAGUCUGAGAAGCUCCUGAGAAAAGCUUUGCGAGCCUUUUCUGAAGAGCUUGUGGAGCCUACUAUAGCGACCAUCAUGGGUACCAUUCUCCUUUCAUUUUGGAUAUCCAAGUCGAGACCACAACUGGCCGAAGACUUGUUGAGUAAGUUGCCUCGGGAGUGUAUCUACAAUUGCUGAAUGUCAAUCACGCCAGACAACGCUUUUGCAUGGCUUGACUCGCACAGGAAGCGUAAUUUCCUUCAGAAUGUAUCCCUAAACAAGAUUAGCAAACUUUUAGAGAAGGUUCAUGCUAUUGCGGAGGAAGAAGGGUUUAGGUUGCGCGCGCACUGCGAUCGCGAUGACGACCAGCUCUCGCUGACUACGUCGCAAGCGCGUGGGCAAGGGGCAGAAUCGAUCAUUACCCACACGCCCACGCAAAGGGGUGCCAACAUCAACGUUCCGUCGGAACAAUUCGCCUCGUCUUUGCCUCCGAGACAGACCCCAUCGCAACCAUCUUUGGGAUACACCACUGCAGCUACAUAUCCAUUCCCCUUGCCCAAUAUGCUCCCUCCAGGUGUCAUUGAUGGCGCUACAAUGCCCUUUAUGCCUCGGCACAGUGCAUCAACCGACGGCAUGCACUGCCGAUUUGAUACCUAUCCUAGCGCUUUAGGCCCUAAUAAUUAUCUCAUGCCUGUAAUGGACCUACCACUACAGACAAUGGAUAUGGGCGAUGAGUCCUUGCAACGAUGACCAAGCAAAGGUUUUAUGGUGUAGAGAUGAGGCGGGCCGCGAGUGGGACGCUUCCGUUAUGGGUCGGUGAAAUGGAGGAUCA